AUGCUGAGCGCGGAGUCAGGGAGAAAGCGGAUGGGGGUCUAUCUGGAGGACUGGGACUCGUGCAUUCAGAUGAUGGCAGAUGCACCAUUCCCUCCCGCUACUGAGCCCAUCACCACUCCUCCCUCUCCUCUUCUGGCCGGCAACCUCGUUCCUCUUCCACUUCGCCCCCGUUUGAACUCCAGGAAGACACCUCCCCCUGCCUUUUCUCCUCCGCUGAGCCCUACUCCCACACUGUUCGUUUCCCUACAGCUUGCCGAGCCUGGGAAGCCAGUCUCGGGAAACCUCUCCCUCCAUCGAUAUCGUGAAUCGCUGUCUCGCCCUCGUCCAGAGGUGACGGAUCCGCCGCCAGCAAGGAGCUUGAAGCGAAAGCCAAAGGCUCUGAACCUCAGCACCGGCUGCGUGCCUCGCACUCCUCCUUCACCUCCUCCCACCCCAUCAACUGCUUCGGUCUAUUCCGGAUCUCCCAGUCCUUUGCCAUCGCCAGCACUGUCAGCCAAAAUACCCGUUCGCUUGAACGGGGACGAUGAUGACAGUGUGGCUACUCCUGUUUCCACGAGUGCUGCGCAGAAAUCCGCCCUUUUUGCAGGAACAUUCCCUGAACCCCAGGCUCUAGGACUUGUUUCUGGCGUGAACGCGACGCGUCCAGAUUCCCAGAACAGCAAGCUGAACGCGUUCUGCAAACAUAUCCGGCAGAUUCCUGCCAGACUUUUCUCCCAUAACAAGUCCUUCUCUGAAGUUGUUCCGUCUUCUUCUCACCAUCAGAGAAGACUGCAUCAUCGAGGCGUUUCCUUUGAGAUCCUAAAUCCUCAAAGGCAACAAUAUUCGCACUCUUGCUCCUCUAUCGCAAACAUCCAAGCCAAAUUUGUCGACCCAGGAAACAUGGCCAGUCCCAAUCGAUCCGGAGCCCGGUCGCGCGCCCGGUCACGGUCUGUAGAUACGGAGCGGCAACGAACUCCAUCCCGUGCCUUGUUCGACGAUCUUGAGACGGCCCAUUCGUCCAUCACCUCAAGAUUCCCAAGAUUCAACGGCGGGGCGAACCCCCCACAGUUACAGCCAUCGCCAGCCAUCGACUUGCCGCCAGACGAGAGACAGGAUAAGGCGAACGAUAUCCAGCAAAGUCGACCUUUGGCAUCCUUUCACCGCCGUCGACACAGUGAUACAGCUGCUCUGGCAAACAUGACCAAUUCUAAGUCACAUCAAUGCACCCUUGCUCGGCAUGUGUCAACUGGCUGGUCCCUAAGGGCAAAGAAAGGUCGUGAAUUCCCACGGAAACCCGCUAAACUUGUCAAACGCCGGCCAGGCUCUUUUGCUGGACGCAACCUUAAGCAUAACCUCCUUUCGUUAUCAACACGCAAUUCUUCGAGCCCUGUGCUGGGUAGCUACCUUAACCGGCACCAGCCAAACCUGAACGGCAUCCGUAAUCGCAUUGACAAGCCGAAAACGAUUGAUAACAUUAUCAAGAACCGACUUAAUAUGUUUGACGUACGGCUAAGAAACGCGCGAAUUUCGGAUUUGGAAUCAACCGAAUCGUGUGCUGAUAUUGAGAAACAUUCCGUAGAGGACGAAGAGCCGCCCACCAACGCCACCCAGGGAGAACACGAUACUGAAACGCAGAUGCAUGAAGGCAGUUCCCGGUGCGAGGAAACUGCCAAUUCCCUUCAGGUUGAGGCUUCGACACCCCUCAAUAACCCACAACAUGUUCCACAGGAACUAGCUCCUCCGGGCUUAUACUGCGAGAGGAACGGGGCAUCAAGCCCAAACUUUUCACGACCGAUUCCUCCUGGAAAGUGGCUAUCCUCCCGGCGAUUUUCUCCGUUCAAACCGUUAUCGCGUUCCAACCGGAUUGCAAUAGACCGGGACGGUACUCCUUGUCGGCCUUGCUCUACCGUCCACGUCCAAUCAAACCAGGAAGAAGAGCCCAAGAACGAACAGACAACAAUGAAACUCCUAUCUCAUCAGUCAGCAGCAGUAUCUCGUGAAAUUGAACAAGGUCUUUUCCAAGACAGGUCUGAUAGCCAGUUUGAUGGUGAUGAACCUAUCGAUUUGGGCCCGGGAAGCAGCCAAGGCUCAUCGACGCAGCAUUUAAGCCAGUACAUGGGAUCUUCGGCUAUUUUUCCUCCCCCCCUGAGAGUCUCGUCAGCCUCGUCACGUCUGUCAGAGCAAGGCCCCAGAAAUCCAUGCCUUUAUGGUGGUCUGGGAACGCGUUCAUCAAUAAAGAGAUAUGAAAGCAGUUUUGGGGGAAACAGGACAAACAUGCGUGCAGGCUUAGAUCAACGCGCCGAGCAGCUAGGCAGUGAAAGAAUUCAUGAGGCGGACGACGACGCUGAUCGUGACUGGGAAACUGUUGCUGGCAGCCAGCAGUUUACCCGUGCAACUGUCAACAACCUGGCCCAGGGCGAUACAGAGUGCAGUUUGGCCGAUUGCUCCAGCUUCGGCAGCCUUGCCAAUGCUGAUGAGCACACUGGGCCACCGCUGAGAUCAUCCAGAAUUGGCCUUGCUAACUCCUCUUACAAUGCUAACACUGUCAGAACUCCAGCUUAUGCAGGGCGCUAUUCCCACUACUGGCACCAGGACCCCAGUACCGGUCAAUAUGUUUUGCUUCCUAACACCAGCUAUCGAAACUCUGAAGGCGCGAGGCUCAAUGCAUUCAGCAAACCAGUCCCAGCCCUUAUCGCUUCCACGUCUCGAUGCCCAACUCCCUUGCCGAAUCGAUACCAGCAUCCGGCCCCGCUGCGUGAUGCCCAUACAAAUCCCUUCUGUUCCACUCCGCCCUCGCUACAUGGCCCGUCUAGUCAGGGCGAUGAGCCAGGGAAUAGUGCCGGCUAUUUCCCCAGCGUUGGCAAUAGUAAGUUGACUUCCUCUAGCAACAAAGAAGACAAACACACUUCCCACCGUGGUUUUGGAAAUUCUCAACGCGAUUCGAGUAUCCGAGAGAGUGCAAGAGCCUCCUUUCAGCAUUGGUUUUCUGAGUUCGUUGCAAAGGACCCAGCCCAGCGUGCCGUUGAGGCAGCGUCUCCCUUGCACCAUUUCAAUGCAUGGAAUUCUCAAAAUGGGGGAUUGUACAACUCUCUAGAUGCCAGCUCUCUUAACGUUUCAAAAAUUUCAACGAUAAGUACUGACGAUGAUAUCAGUACGCAUCCCUUGUCUAUAAAUUUGAACUACCACCCGUGUUUUCGUCCUUUCGAACAGCCCAUUCAGCCACCGAGCCACGGUCAGCUCACCAGAGAGAAUUCGGCUGUACCAUCACGCUCUCUUUCAACCGAUCGCCUCCUUCCUCCCGUGCCGGCUAUCAGCAAGCACUCUCCCGGUUCACUAUAUCACUCAAUUCGAUCAGCCCGCGAUCGCGUCCUUGGGAAUACGCACAAAAGAAAAUCACUAAAUAAUGUUCUGCCUACUACAAUCCAGGAAUCGAACGCACACGAUGAACCCGCCGCUCGCCCUGCCUCCACAGGCCUGCUCGAACGCCAUAUACAGAGGCAAGGAACGAUCAAAUCAAUCUUUACCUCACGCUCAAUUCAUCUCCGAACGCCAACAAUUGGUCGUCGAAGCAGCACUCGCCAAGGUAUAAAGCAGCCAACCGCAGACGAACUCCUGCGGGAGCGGUUGGAGCAAAUGGAUCCUGCUCUGCUAGCGGAUUUCUGUCAACCAAGCCCUGCCUCCAGAGCUACGAGAGCAACAUGGGUGCCACAACUUCCACCUAUUGACAAUAGUUUAACGUCUGCGCCUCCGCGGGCUGCCACCAUUCGCUCCCCCAACGCCGUUGUUGAUGAGCCAUGGACACUGCCCGCAAAUGCACACUUUGACCAUCUUGCAUUCCCGGAAGCUCCGCGCCUAGAGCCAGCUCGUAGACGGCCAGCUGCUGGUAAUCUAGUUGAACAGCGACGCCUAGGCCGACAAAUUAUCGGGUGGUGUUUAUUAGCCGUGCCACUGGGGUGGAUCGUCAUAGCAAUGAUUGGAUUCGGUGCCGGGCCCACGGACAUUCUAAUCCAGCGCAGGUCUGAGGGUGAUAUCGAUGGGUUUCAUGAGAAAGAGGAGCUUUUGGCUCGGCGUUUGAGCAUUGCAAUUGCUACAUCCAUGUUUUUAGCAGCCAUGAUUGUCGUUGCUGUGGUCGUGUCAGGGUGA